GAAUGACCAUCGUCAUCAGAACAGGAGCGGAGGCAGACACGAGACAUUUAGCACACAAAUGUACAGGAGGCACGUACCGUUUUAUGCUACACACAGAUAACAUCACUACCGGAUCCAGUUUAUAGCCAACCCGUUAACCGUUGGAAUCUCCACCAAGCGAUCCGUCCAUGCGAAGCCGAGCCUUGCUUCUAGUUCCGUGUGUUGUCGCGGUAGUGGUGCACUUCUGGUUGUGGACAAACAGAGCGACCAUCUCGUUGGAGAAAGAUUCCGAUGAGGACUCGGCAGCAUCUCCCUGUGGUGAGGUGCUGGUGGGGGUGUUGUCUGCCAGACAUCACUAUGAUCUCAGACAGGCUAUAAGAGAGACGUGGUUGGGAUACCUCCGGGACCAUACACACUACCAACGCAGGGUCCAGGUGAAGUUUAUCAUUGGGAAACAUGGCUGUCCCAUUCCAGAGGAGGACAGAGAGGAUCCCUACUCAUGUUCCCUCUUGAACCUCACAGACCCAGCUCCAGGACAGGAUAAGGAGAUGGAGCUGGUGGAGUUGUCUGACCCGUCUGUCCUUGUCCCUGGGGAGGUCUCCUCUGUGGCCCUGGACUUUAAGGUCCUCCACCCCCUCGUCAUCACCAGGUUGGGGGUGUUCCCUACUGGACCUCACAUGGAGAUAGAGGGGAAUGUCACCGUCAGGCUGCUGCAGCUGGAACAACAGGAGGCAGUGGUGACGGCCUGCUUCAGCCCGCUCAGUCCUGGGACAAGUCUGAACGGUGUGUGGCACAAACCAGUGGAGUGGUUCAUUCUGCCCAAGGGCUUUGAGGGGACUCUGGUCUGGGAGAGUCCUGACUUAGCUGGUCUGACUACGGUCAACACAUCCCGGGUGAAGCUGAACAACGGGGGAGGAGUCCUCAAGUUUUCCUCUAUCGAUGAGGGGACGUUGCCUCACAGGAGUGCUCUGGGCUUCCCAGGGUUGGCUGGAGGGUUCACCUUCAGAAUCCAUGGUGAACAUGGCCUCCUGUGGGAGGUGCUGCAUGGCCGACAGGGGCGGAUCCAGAGUCACGGCACCAGACUGCAGAUGGAGGACAGGUCUCUGGAGCAGGAGGGUCUGCGAUAUGGAGACAUAGUGUUUGUGGAUGUAGUAGAUACAUACAGGAACGUGCCUUCUAAACUACUGCAGUUCUACAAGUGGUCGGUGGGAAACGCUGCGUUUGAUCUGCUCCUGAAGACGGAUGAUGAUUGUUAUAUUGACGUGGACAAGGUUUUAAUGAAGAUCGACCACAAGGGCCUGAAGAGAGACAACUUCUGGUGGGGAAAUUUCCGUCAGAGCUGGGCGGUGGACCGCAUUGGGAAGUGGCAGGAGCUAGAAUACGCCAGUCCAGCCUACCCGGCCUUCGCCUGCGGCUCGGGCUACGUGGCCUCCAGGGACCUCGUCCAAUGGCUGGCCAGCAAUGCAGAGCAACUCAAGGCCUACCAGGGGGAAGAUGUGAGCAUGGGGAUCUGGAUGGCUGCUGUUGGACCACAGAAAUACCAGGAUGCAGGCUGGCUGUGUGAGAAGGACUGCUACCAGGACAUGCUGUCGUCGCCCCAACACUCCGAGGAGCUCCGCUCGCUCUGGGCUAGGAAGAGGGCCUGUGGGGACCCCUGUGGAUGUCCCUGGGGACACAGCUAACGUUAGCUAACAGUC